AUGGCUGCAGCUUGCUCUGUUGGAAUGGCAAUUGGUUGGCAGCCUCGGUGGUUCGUUUUAGACAAUGGGAUAUUGUCAUACUAUGAUUCACAGGAUGAUGUUUGCAAAGGCAGCAAAGGAAGUAUAAAGAUGUCUGUGUGUGAAAUAAAAGUUCAUGCAACAGACAACACAAGAAUGGAGCUAAUCAUCCCAGGGGAACAGCAUUUCUAUAUGAAAGCAGUUAAUGCAGCUGAAAGGCAAAGGUGGCUGGUAGCACUGGGGAGUGCAAAAGCCUGUUUAGCAGAUACCAGAACAAAAAAAGAAAAAGAAAUAAGUGAGACCAGUGAAUCUCUUAAAACCAAAAUGUCUGAACUUCGUCUCUACUGUGAUCUUUUAAUGCAGCAAGUUCAUACAAUACAAGAAUUUGUUCACCAUGAUGAGACUCGCUCUCCUCCCAGCAUUGAGAACAUGAAUGAAGCCUCUUCCUUGCUUAGUGCCACAUGUAAUACAUUUAUCACAACACUUGAAGAAUGUGUGAAGAUUGCUAAUGCCAAGUUUAAGCCAGAAAUGUUCCAGCUGCCUCACCCUGAUCCCUUAGUUUCUCCCGUGUCGCCAUCACCUGUCCAAAUGAUGAAGCGUUCCAUUAGCCACCCUGGUCCUUGUUAUUCAGAAAGGAAUAAUCACGCUGUAAAAGAACCGAUUCCAUCCCUUCACCGAUUUUCACAGCGGCGCAGAAGAACAUACUCGGAUACAGAGUCUUACAGUGAUACUCCCCUUGAAGAUUCUCAGAGAUCUGCUCACUGUUCUAGAAGUGCUGUCAAUGGAGAUGUGGUAUCAUCAACCAUUCCUGAAGAAAAUAGAUCAGUAUCAAAGGAAGGAUCUGAGCUGGAAGAGACUCUUUCAUCCCUUUCUUCCUGAAGAAACUGAAAGUAUUCAAUUUUCUAUAAAUAAGGCUAUGCAAAAGCUGCUGUAAUUAUACUGUUGUUAUAGGAAGUAGUCAUUUCCCUUUUUAGAAGGAUUUCUCUGCACUUUAUAGAAUAACAUAAAAACUAUCUUUGAAGUGUAUUUUAUCUUUAUAUAGUUUAUUUGCAAGAGUAUUUUCCUAAUAUUUCACAGUUUGAAUGUGCAUUUUUUGGAACAAACGAUGGCUUAACAGAUAAGCAUCCACAUUUGUAAAUGUAGCUCUUUUUAAAAAGUGUGAAGGUCUGACUGA